AUGGCUUCGUCGGCUCCAUCAAUGGAAAGAAGGACUGCAAUUGUUUUUGGAGGAAAUUCUCCAAUUUUGCGUGUUUCGCUAAAUUACCGCAUUGUUGCUCUUUGGCACAGGGUUGCCGAGGAUGAAGAUACCACUAGGGGCGUGUGCGUCGCCGAUGAAGCAGAAAUGUCCGACGGAGUAAACCACAGAGUUGGAUCGGUUGAGGGCGAACGCUCUGCAGGGAUGGAGUCGGAUGAGCACAACUUUCAGGAAGAUGAUACAGAACACGACCAUCACGCAGAAGCCGAUGUCGACAAUGGGGAUGCGGUUGAAUUGGAAGACAGUUUGGAUGGUGCCGGAGGAAUGUUUGAUAAUUAUGCAGAAGACGAGUUUUACGCCGUUGAUUCCGUGGAGUCGAUAGGUUGGAUUAAUUUUUUGAACUUGAGCAAGGAGGAUGUUCUCCGAUUUAAUUUUGCUGAUGUUGACAUUGCAUUUGAGUUCUACCAGCAAUAUGCAAAGCACCAUGGCUUCGGCGCGAGACGUUCCAGAAGCGAAAAACGCGGUGAAGUAAGGAUACGGCAGGAGUUCGUGUGCCACCGACAAGGGUACCGAUCCCCGAAGUUCUACACGAUGCCUAACCGGCAAAAGAGGCCGAGGGCCGAGACACGGUGUGGAUGCCCUGCAAGGAUGCUACUCCGCAUGGACGAUGAAUCAGGACGUUGCCAUGUUGCCUACUUUUCAGACGCGCAUAACCACCACGCUCUUGAGUUGCAAUUUUCUUCCAUGCUCCUGAGCCAUCGGAGGAUGAGCGAAGCGGACAUCGAGCAGAUGAGCGACAUGCGCAAAGGGGGCAUUGGCGUCUCCCGAAUCUAUGGUUUUAUGGCGAGCCUGGCCGGCAGGUAUCAUAAUGUCCCGUACACAACAAGGGACAUGCACAAUGUAAAUGCGAAGCAACGAAGGGAGGGUGGCCUAGAUGUGGAAUCGUGCCUAAGGUAUCUCCGAGAGUGCAAGGCAAAUGAUCCAGCACUGUACUACAAGGAAGUUGUUGACGGUGAGGGCGUGUUUGGAGACGUGGUUGCAUUUGAUGCAACGUACAAGAAAAACGUUUACCUUUCACCUCUUGUAGUAUUCUCCGGUGUGAAUUACCACAACCAAACGGUUGUCUUUGCCGCUGCAUUGGUGGCAGACGAGAAAGAAGAGACCUAUGUCUGGCUGCUUCAGCAGUUGCAAACUUCAAUGAAAGGAAAGUCUCCCGUGUCCAUAACAACCGACGGUGACAGGCAAAUGAAUUCUGCGAUCGAGCAAAUUUUUUCAGAGGCUCACCAUCGACUCUAUGCUUGGCAUCUACUCCGAAACACCACGAGCAACAUCGGAAAGCCCAAAUUCACCAGGAUGUUUAGGGAUUGCAUGCUCGGAGACUACGAGGUUAGAACAUUUCAGAGAAAGUGGUUUGAGAUGGUUGAGAAAUUUGGCAUCGCCGAUAAAAGAUGGGUACAGGACAUGUACGAGAGAAGGCACAGUUGGGCCACAGCACACAUACGGGGAAAGUUCUUUGCCGGAUAUCGAACAACAUCAAGGUGCGAGGGCUUGCACGCUGUGAUAUCACAGUAUGUUAAGUCUGGAUACAGCUACACUGAGUUUUUACAUCAUUUCCAUCGAUGCUUGAUGUUCGUGCACGCAAAGGAGGUGGAAGCUGAUUUCGAGUGUGCAAAGGGUGACCCUGUUAUGACCACCAACCUAAAACAACUGGAGCAGAGUGCAGCCGACAACUACACUCGUGCAAUAUUCUAUUUGUUUGUUCCCAUUCUUGACAGGGCCUGUGCAAUGAAGGUGGUUGACUCUGAAGACAACGGUUCCUAUUUUAUCCACUCCGUCUCUCGAUACAGAACUCCAGAGAAGGAUUGGCGUGUUGUUGCAACGUCUGAUACGAGGGAGGUCCGAUGCAUGUGCAUGAGAAUGGAAUGUUUUGGGGUCCCCUGCGAACAUAUAAUUAUGGUGCUUGUUCUUAACAAUGUUCAUGAGAUCCCGAGGUCUCUGAUAUUACCGAGAUGGACCAAGGAAGCAAAACUUGUGGCGGUGCAGUCGAUGGGCGUGAUUUGGGAUUCUAUACAACUGACGCAACACUGGUGUCUGAUGGAUUGGUACCGGAAAGUGUGCAAGAUUGCAUGUCACAGCACCCAAAAGUUCCAGUUUGCAAGAGACAUUGCCGUGCUGAUGCUGAAGCACUUCGAGAACGAAGAUGCAGGGGACACCAGUUUUCCACCCGAGGGGCCACCUACUGAGGGUGGCAGACCCCCGACGCAGAAUCCACCCAGGCGCAAUACAAACGGUAAUGGUGCUCAUGGUGGAAAGAAAACCCAGCGAUGUCGUUUGUGCCGGGAGGUGGGACACAACAGGACGACGUGUCCGGAUCGUCGCACAAUGGAAUCAUCCAGCGUUGUUGCGGAUGAAUAG